UUUCACUUCCGUAAACAAAUAUGUCGGUAGCAAGUUUUCGACGAAGUCAAGGCUUCAGGAAUCCAGAUGAAGAUUUCGUCUUACACGGACGCCCUUCUUCCUUCUGGGAAAAACCAGCGUAUUUGAACAAUUCGCAAAUAACAAAUUCAUCAAUAAGGCUUACUAGUAAACACACAAUGUUUAACCCAGAGAAAUACAGUGACAGACACUAUGUCAAGUCCCUUGGGGAUAUAGCAAACAACCUAGGGAACCUCAGUGCAAAUCUUAACAGAAGUGUCUCUUUUAGCAACAAAUUGCAAUCUAAAGGAAUCAGCAAUAACUCUGCUUCGAAAUUCAUUGACACUGAGGAAGAAUUAUCACGACUGCGAUCACAGACUUCAGAUCUUAGCUUCAGAGGUCAUCCAUUAAGGGAAAAUGAAAAUGAUUGGUUGAACACAGCAAACACCAUGAUGUCACAAAGGAUAGCCAGCAACUACAAAACAAGCUAUCCCUAUGAAGGUGAGAUGGACAAAGAGAAGGAAUACACAGGACAGGAGAAGACCGAGUACCCUCUCAGUACACGUGACUCACUCUCUCUUAGAUUCUUUCCUGUCACUAUGUCUGCUCCUUAUGAACUGUCCUACAUAGAUAGCAAUGUUCCUUCAACUAAAAUACACAACAUACGACCUAAAUCUGCCCCUCGUUUGACCUCCAAGCCCGGUAAAUCCAAGUCAAUGGUGGGCCCAUUCACCAGGAGUGAUGUAGAUAAAAUGUUUCUGAUGUCAUCAGAGGCCCCAGUUACAGGUGCAUCAUCAAAAGUGAUUACUUCCCCCUACCAGUCAGAGAUUGCCAAACUCAGAAUGGAACGUCUUCGUAUUGAGGAAGACAGACUACUGGAGUUGAAACGUCAUGAAGAAAUUGAACGGAUUCGAGGACCAAAUCAUCGAUGGUACGAGUCUAAAGGUCCUGACUUUCAUUACGAGUGUAGUAAAAAUACAGAAAUGAUGAAACAUGAAGACCACUGGGAAGAGUUGGUGGAUUAUCGAAACAGUCUGAUGGAAUGUUCAACAGCUUUCAGGAAGUCGUAUGGAGCAUUUGCCUAACAGGUCUUUCUGUUUUCCAUGUGAACUAUGUAGUCUGUUUGUCAAUUGAGGUCACCGACAUGGGAAAUUCAGACUAGAUGAAUAUUAUCUAUAUAAUGACUUUCCAUUUCUAAAAUACAGAACAUAACAACUGAAUACCUGGUGAAACUUAGUGUUUAUUCAAGCUGACAAUAUUGUAGUUUUAAAGAACGGAUAUAUACAUUUUACUUCAAAAAGAAAAGGUUUCAUUCAGUCAAUAUUUCACGAAAAAAGCUGACACCAUUAUGUUACAAAUAGUGAGAAGUUUUACUGAAUUAUGAAGUUGUAAAAAUAGGAAAUAUAUCAUACCUGGUCAUGCAUUACUGCUUUUGUUAUGGAUGCUAUUUGCUUGUAGUUUUUUUGUGUUCUUAUUUGUAUAUUUAUUGCAUUAAUGUCUUGACAUUAUAAUGUCUUUUACUAUCAGUUCAUUUUUGUGUGUGUUUAUCUUGUUCUAAGUGUCUACAGGACUGUGUUUCCACAAUUCCACACAAAGAAAUAGGUACAAUAUCUUUAUGAAUCAUAAUUGUCUGGUUAUAAAUAAUAGAUAAUGCUUAUUAAAAUCCUACAGGGUAAGAUAACUCUGGCUAUAAAUAAGAGAUAAAUGCAUAUACAAUUUGUGUUGGGAAAGAUAACUCUGGUUAUAAAUUAUAGAUGUUGGUUAUUAAAAUUGUGUUUGGGGAAGGUACUAUUAAAUGAAUCACAACAGUAUGAGAGGUACAAUAUGGUAUAUUUUCGAAAUUUACCUGACAAAUAAUUUUAAUUAUAUUCCAUUUACAUGUACAAUAUUAUGCUUGUCAUAUAUAUGCGAAGUAUUAUAGUGAUGUUUUUAAAGUUAAUAUAUUUAUAUGUAGUGAUAAAAUGUAUUUUUGCAAUAUGUGUAAGACACAAAAUAGCAAAGCUGUGAUAUAAAUAUGUAAAAAUGAUUUAACACAAUAAAUUUAAUUGUUAAGUUUUAAAGCCUCGUCACAUAAUCAUGCGUGCAUGAAUUCCAAAUGAUGCACACUCAUACAAACUACGUAUGUGUUUUAUACCAAUGUGUCAAUCGUGGUUGACUGAACCCCACACUAUGUUGUCAAGCUGAAGGUUUCCAGUAACGGAACAUGCAUCCACCCAAUAAUAUAUUAUGGAAUAGUGAAAGGGUCUAUCAGUUAAAAGAAUUCUUUGUAUAAUGACUAUAAAUAUGGAUAAAUAUGUUUUUUUGUAUAUUAAAAUAGGGUUUUUGUGAAUUUACAUUCUGUGACAGAAAAAAACCAAUUAUGCAAAUCUUAGUGUGUUUCCAUACACAUAUAAUUUGUAAUUGACAAUUAAUAACAGGGCAGCAUAUUCCUAUAGCAUUGAACUCAGAAAUAUACAUUUUUUAUUGUACAUGUUUUGAAGUGAUUAUUGAAAAAAACUACAAAUGAAAUGUACAGGAUCUGUUUUGGGAAUGAAUAAAUUUGUUUGGAUAUAAAGUGAAUGAUUUUUUUAUCAUAAUGUAUACGGUACAUCAUGUGUGAAGAAUCAGUGCAAUGGUAGAUUGCUUCAUCAAUUAUCAAUUUGACCAAUAACUCAUUGAACUGAUCCUCUAAUAUAUGUCAAGUGUUGAAUCUCAGGGUGAAUCAUUAGUUUUACCUGUUGGAAAAGUACUGUUUAGUAUUCAUUAGUGUGUAAGUUUUGUGAUCCCAAAUGUACAUUGUGCAACAAUGACAGAAGCUUUAGCAAAUAACAAUGAAAAUAUUUAUAUUGUCCUUUAAAUUUCAUAGUACCAAUACACUGUAAUUGUGUAUUCUGUCACGGAAAUAAUAUGAUAUAUGCCCUUAAAAAAGAAAAGAAAGCAUUUUUUUUCUCUCAAUAAAGUUGGUGUACACUUUAAAUAUGCAUAAUAUGCAGCCUUGUUCAGACUUUCUAUUGCUUUCUAUUUUCAAAUACUAGUAUUAUUCAGGACGUUAUGGUGAGGAGAGGGUCAGGAGAAAAAUUGUCUGAAAUAAAAAAUGUUACAGAUUAAUACAACCAGUAAUUUGUCAAAUUUUGAUAAAAAAACAGAAUAUGUUUCCCCCUGCAAUGCUCAGUUACCUAAGCUUUACAAGUGCUAGAUGUUACAUUCCAGUAUUUUUAUUUUUUGAUCAUGUUGCAUGCAUGCUGAUGCCAGUUAUAAUUAACACUUGCUUAUAGUAACCUUGUUGUAGAUUAAACAGAAAGGAAAAUAAAUAAUUGCACAU